AUGUGCAGAGUUGUUAUUGAAGUGAAACUUCUUAGUUACAAAAUCUACGACCUGCAAGCCACAAAUUCUAUCCAAGAAGCGGCCCUUAGGUCUAUAGGUAACAGUGGCGAAUUCGACUUUUGGGGUCCCUCAAGGGUCCUUGUAAAACCUGAACAAAUUGCAAAAUUCGAAGGACUUUUGAAAACUGGAGGAAUCGACUUCCAAGUUUUUGUUGAUGACGUCGACGAACUGGCCCGUAAAGAAAUUGGUGCAAACAAAGUGGCCCUAUCCAGGACAAAUGGCCGGUUGUCUUUCACUGCUUAUCAUCGUUACGAAGUGAUUCUGCAAUUUCUGGACGAAGUUGCUGCCAAACAUCCAAACCUAGCCAAGGUUGAAACCAUUGGAACAACUACUGAAGGACGUCCACUUCGGGCAAUAUAUUUAUCCAGUGGCGGAAAUGGUACCAAACCAGCAAUAGUGAUGGAUGCAGCUAUCCAUGCUCGAGAAUGGUUGGCUCCAACCACUGUUUUGUACCUGAUUGACCAGUUAGUUGGUUCAUACAAAAAUCUUUUGGAUAAAGUUGAUUUUGUCAUUGUUCCUGUCCUCAAUCCUGAUGGAUAUGAAUACAGUCACACUACGAGCCGUUUCUGGCGAAAAACCCGAAGCCCUAACCCAGGCACCGAUUGUCCAGGAACAGAUGGCAACCGCAACUUCGAUUUCCACUGGAUGGAAACCGGAGCAAGUUCGAAUCCUUGUUCAGACACUUAUGCAGGAUCCAAACCAUUUUCCGAGCCCGAAACCAGCGCUUUGAGAGACAUCUUGCUGAAGACGAAUGUUAAACUAUACUUGGCAAUGCAUACUCAUGGUGAAUUAUUUUUGUAUCCUUGGGGGUACAUUGCAGAACUUCCUGAUAACUGGGAGGAUUUAGAUGAUUUGGGCAAAAGGGCUGCUAAGGCACUUCAGGCAGUAUCAGGAACCAAAUACGAAGUUGGGUGCUCCACUAUAGUUUUGUAUGCUGCAGCAGGUGCAAGUGAUGACUUUGCCUUCGCAGUAGGAGAAUCUCCUUAUGCAUAUACUGUAGAAUUACCAGGAGGCGGUUCUAAUGGUUUCAAUCCACCGCCAGAGCGAAUUUUGCCUACUUGCCAGGAGACAAUGGCGGCUUUUGAAGUCUUUGCCAAACAUAUCGCUGAUGUUUAUGGAUAA